AUGGCAGAGUCCGACUCCCCUCUGCAACUCUCCUGCAGCCUCCCUGCUCAAAUUCUGAGAUCACCGUCGUCCCUUAUCCCGAGAAAAGUUUCAUCUAAUUUCCUCCUCCACAAAGCCAUCUGCUUCUCCCUCGUCGUCGCGCUCCUCUCCAUCCUCCCGUCUCAGGCCGCCACCAGAAGCAUUCUCGCAACGGCAUGGGAGAUCCUCCACCUUCUCUUCCUCGGCGUCGCCAUAUCCUACGGCCUCUUCAGCCACCGGAAUGCCGACUUCGAUGCCGUGAAAGAGACCGCCACCGCGCUGAAAGCAAAGGGCUCCGUGUCGUAUUGCUCCAAUAUGUUCCAUCUUUCGUCUGUGUUCGAGGAUGGCGAUGGGGACGGCGAUGACGACGAGCUCUAUUACCUCCAUGGCUCUCUCGACGAAACCAAGACGCAAGUGUGGAGUUCCCAGUACCAGAGAAAUGACCCGGUGGUGGUUGUCGCUGACGAGAGCGCCGGCAGCAGGCCUCUUUUCUUGCCGGUCCGGAGCUUGAAAUCGCACCUCCAUGACUUGGAUUCAGCGCCAGAAAUGGAAAAUGCAGAGCCUUUAGAUUCCACGAAUGCGCAAGGUGAGAUUUUUGAGAUGGAGAUGGAGAUGGAGGAGGAAGAGGGCUCGAGCAAAGCCACAAGGGUCUUCCCACCACCGCCGCCUCCUCUCUCGCCUUCUUCCCCGGAUGAUCUCUCAAACAUCUCAAAGAUUUCAUCUUUCCGCUCCUACAAGAAGAGGGGCAAGCCACCCCCUGCGCCGCCACCUCCGCCGCCAUUUCCUUGCUAUGGAUUCCCUUCCACCGCAGAGAAGAAGAUCACCAAGCAAAGUUUCAAAGACGAACUCAAGGACUUGAGCAGGAGGGUGCGGAAAAGCGGCCGCAUUAACACCGACAUAGUCUUCGACCUCUUCCAAUCGGCGACAAAGCCUGGUGGUUCUUCCGUUCCAAGAUCUUGCAGAACGACUGGAGCCAAGGACGUAAAGGGGACAGCGGCGGAGGAUGCCCCAAAGAUUGAUACAGAGAAGGCCGUAAUUGCUCCCCCUUCUGAUUCUGGCAAGGAGGAGGAGGAGGAGGUGGAGGCAUCGGUGAUGGUAGAAAAAAGCUCGCAAUUUGGAGGAGGAGACGGGAACGAAGUGGACAAGAAGGCCGACGAGUUCAUAGCCAAGUUUAGAAAGCAGAUUACGCUGCAGAGAUUGGAAGCGGCUCGUCAAGCAGCCAAGUAG